AUGUCUGACAUUGAUAUAACUGUAGAAGGUGUUUUGAAAAUGCUCAAGGAUCUAAAUCCAAACAAGGCGUAUGGUCCGGAUCAGCUGUCGCCAAGAUUACUUAAAGAACUUUCUCUCGAAACAUCUUUUCUCACUAAAGUCUUCCAGAACUCACUGAGAACUGGUAUAGUUCCAGAGGACUGGAAAACUGCUAUUGUUGCACCUGUAUACAAAAACGGUCCUAAAUAUAAAGCCAGCAAUUAUCGAUCAAUUUCUUUCACUUGCAUAGCUUCCAAACUAAUGGAGCAUAUCAUGGUCUCAAACAUCAUGCACCAUCUCGACAGUUACAAUCUUCUCACACCUUUCCAACAUGGCUUCCGUUCUAAACAUAGCUGUGAGCCUCAACUUUUAUCCUUCGCACAGGAAAUUUUCGACAAUCUCCAAUCUGGAAAACAAACAGACUUCAUUGUAAUGGAUUAA